UUAUUCGGCCAAAAAUACGUCCUUUUUACGCAUCUCGAUUCUGCUGCUUUGUGGAUUGAAUUCGUCAACAGACAUUAUAUACAUACAUAAAUAAGCCUAUCAGUUCUUUGAUAUAUCGUAAACAUUUAAGACCGUUAACUACAAAAUUAUGGAGACACCAGAUGAGCUUAGUGUGAGUGUGAAGAAAGAAACAAACGAAGACACGUUACCGGUAAUUGAGAAUGGUGCUGAGGACGAAGACUCGUCUGAAGAGAGCGAGGAUGAAGACGAUGAGAGAUACAGUCUUACAGUGGAACAGAAGGAAAAGUUGGACCUGAAGAAGGACACUUACAAAGCCAUGCGUGAUGUGUUCCGGACAUUAGAUGAAGAUGGUAGCGGUUCACUUGAGGUAACAGAACUAGAGACUGCUAUGAAGUCUAUGGGUGUCGACUGCUCACAAAAAGAUAUGGACAAUCUCAUCAAACAAAUGGAUGCUGACGGAAAUGGGUCUGUCGAUUUCUUCGAGUUUUGUGGCAUGGUAUCAGAAAAGAUGAAGGUGUAUGAUCCUGAAAAGGAACUAAGGGAAGCCUUUGCAGUGUUUGAUAUAAAUGGAGACGGGAAAGUCAGCGUGGACGAAAUACAGUCCGUUGUGGACUCUUUGGGUGGGAAAAUGUCAAAAGAAGAAAUUGACAGUAUGCUAACAGAAGCGGAUGAAAACAGCGAUGGAUACCUCGAUUAUGAAGAGUUUGUUAAGAUCUGGAUGGGAGAGACUUCUGUCGACUCUGACAAGAACUUGGACAACAAUGAUUCUAUACAAAAGGACGCCGAUAAAACGGAAGAUUUGGACACCUCUAAAGCUAAACCUGGAGAAUUAACAGUCCCAAAAUAAUCUUAUACCUAAUAUGUAGAACGUUGUUUUCAAAAGUGUGCACUUGUUUUUGUUGACACAGACCUUAAAAAGGCAAGUGAGUUGGAAUACAAACUUACAGAGCUGUAGUAACAUGUUCAAAGAUGUCAUGAAGAUGUAGACUUUGUCACUUUCACACAAAAAUGUACAGAUACAUUUCUCCUCUAGUUUAAGAAAGAUAUCUACAUAAUGAACAUAAUACUAUUAAAUAAUGAUAUAAGUUUUGUAUAUAUUUUACUGUCAACUUUCUUUGUAAUUCUUACUUAUAAAUACACGAACUGUGCUAUGUGUCACUGACAUGUAACUUUUAUGCACAUUAGCUCACUUUGCGAAAAUGGUUCACCUAUUCAUUUUCGACAAGUGCGUUUUUACAGUAAACAUUUGAACGAAUGUUUAGUACAUUUUCUCGUCUUCUUAUAGUUUUGCUUGACAUUACAUAAAUGUAAUUAAGAACAUCUUGGCUGAGUAAUAACAGAAUCAAGUAAAACCCAGCUUCCUUUCUUAAUAUGUUUUACUAUUAGCUUUUGAAACAAAACAAAAUAAGUUAGGACGAAACGCGUAUAUUCAUACAAGCGUAUUAUAGGUGUUAACUGUUCACUACUGUUUACAGUUUACAGUUUAUUAAUCAAGUCAAGGCCCAUAAGGGCAUCUGACAACAAUUAUAACAAUAACAAGUCAUAUAACAAAAUCAGAAUGGCAUGUAAAACAUGACAAAUCGUUGCUAAAGUAACUGAUAAUGUGGAGGAUGAGAACUAACUAUUUACCUAAAAGCAGACAUAAUUUUCUUAUAGAAAACAGCCAGUUUUAACAAAGUAUUCUUAUUGUCAUUGUUCAUAAGGUUCGAAAAUUUGAGAGUAUUUGGAUAUUUAUAAAUAUAUUCAUCUACAUAUUUUUUUCUAUCAACAUUGAAAUAUUUGCAAUCAAAAAAGAUAGUGAAAUUCAUCUCCUAAAAAGUUACUGUUACACAGAUGACAAGUUCUUUGUUCUCUUGCAAUGUUUUCAAAUCUACCUUUUUCUGUUGGCAACAAAUGAUUCAUGCAUCUGAAUUUACAAAGUGAAAUGCUAAGGUCAGAAGGUAAAAGCUUGAAAUAUUUUUCAAAAACAAAUUCGUGUUAAUUCUAUAAUUUAAACAUUUGCUUGAGUUAUUAACUGAAAAGUUCCAGUUUUGUAUGAACUGAUCUACUGAUAAUAAGCCCGUUACCGAAACAACAGUCAAUGCGAUUAUAUUCUUCGUAUGUUUGAACAUUUCAUGUUUCAGUUUUCAUUUGCUAGAAACUCGUUAUUGCCAUUACUGUCAUAAUUGUGAGUAAAUGUGCUGUAAAUGUAUAUACGACAUAAGCAGACUUUUAUUCUAUUCCAACCUUAUUCUCAUCUUGCUCCAUCUUUAUUCACAUAAGCAUCAUGUUACAUCAUUUAAAAAAAAUAAAAAUGAAAUAUACGUUUUAUAUGAAAAAUAUCUGUCAUACAAUUUGUUCAGUACAAAUGUACUUUAAUGAAAUAAAUAUGUGUGGACAUUC